AUGGUUACAGUGAUGGCCGUACGAAACAGCUUUGACGAUACGGACUUCAUCGAGCCAGAAGAUGACUUUGCCGAGGAUGAUCUGUUUACUGCGGACGAUAAUAACAUUCCAAGUUUGGUUCUGGGUGAUGCAAUGCAGAAAUCGUUUCUGGAACGUGACAAUUUCGAGAAAGAGCUGGAUUUGGCCGCAGACGAUCCGUUCGCUGAGGAUUUUACGGAUAUCAGUCAGCACGAUAUUGUGAAUGUUAUCGCGGACGGAGAUCGCGUUGGAAGGCCAAUAAUCGUCAUUUAUGCGUAUCGAUUUCCGUCGAAUAAAACAUUUGAUCAUCAGAAAUUUUUGAGGUAUAAAAAGAAUCUGAAGGCACUAUUCCUGGUGCAUCCGACACGUUUCAUACGUUUCGUUUGGGGUAUAUUCAAGCCGUUCAUAUCGAUAAAAUUCGAACGAAAAGUGCAUUAUGUGAAUUAUUUGAAUGAACUCAAUGCAUAUUUACGUGUGGAACAGUUGAAUUUACCACAACCAAUCAAAGAGUUCGUUUGUUGUGUUGAAAUGUUAUCGUUUCGGGUGGGGAAUUUGGUAGAUCGGCAUGAAACUCGUUGGUUCGGAGGGAAUUUUUAG